GGCCAUCUUUGUAAAUAAGAAUUUGUUCUUGCCUAGUUAAAUAUAAAAAGGGCUUCAUUUUUUUAUCAGCAGAUGCCACAGUGCUAUAAAGAAACCCAUCCUAAAACCCCAAACAGCUAGCAAUGUAGCUUGUUCUCUCUCCCUCCCUCUCUUUCUCACACAGAGAGACAGAGGGUGGAUAGUGAAGCCCAUUGUGUUAGUGAGAUGUUUAUUAAUGAGAGAGGGAUAGAGAGGGAGGCAGAGCAGCUAUAGAAGGGGCUAAUCGCUAAUCUCAUAGUGCACUGAAAGCCAAGGCACCCAGGCUGUUCUCUCAGUUAGCUCCUCCACUAGCUGAAGAAGAAACACAAGACAGAGACUCUGAGGGAGACACAAGUUGUCUUCGGCAGAGGCCAUAAGGGCUGUGUGAGUGUGUUUCUGUGAAAUUCUUCACAUUGGUUGGAGCUUUAUGGAGGGUGUGUGUGUGUGGUGUUUUGUUGCUGAGGUUUAAGCUGGUGCGUAUGUGUGAAGGGCGUGUUGUUAGUGGUCAAUCCAUGUGUUAAGGAUUUGACAAGGUGGGUUAUGGAUAUGUGUGUUUCUGUGUUAAGAAAUGAACAGUCUUUAGUUAGUGUUGUCAGUGACACUACAGGCUUGGUUGAGGCUCUGAGCGGUUGUGUAGAUUUACGACAGGACUGAUUUGUAUGCAAGACUAGUGAGUAAUUUUUUUUUCUUGUCAUUGGAACUUGAUUUUAUAUAGCCUAGCCUAUGUGUUUGUAUGUGUUCCAGCGUAUCAGUGUGUGUUUUUGUGCAAGAAUUUGCUUCUGUGUGUGAGAGACUGGCUGUGUGCUUGAGUGUGUGUGAGCCGGUGUGUGUGUGUGUACCCACCAUGCCCUUGCCUGUGCCCGAAGUCCCGGCCUCUCGGAGGCUGACACUGGACUGUCGUUUCCUCCUGGAUCAUCGCGUUGGCAGGGGGGUGUGUGGUUGCUGUGGGGCUCUGAGGCCCCGCUACAAGAGACUGGUGGACAACAUUUUCCCAGAGGACCCAGAGGACGGGUUGGUGAAGGCUAACAUGGAGAAGUUGACGUUCUAUGCCCUGUCAGCUCCAGAGAAGCUGGACCGUAUCGGGGCCUACCUGUCAGAGAGGCUCUCCAGGGACGUGGCUAGGCACCGCUACGGGUAUGUGUGUAUAGCUAUGGAGGCUCUGGAUCAGUUGCUGAUGGCGUGCCACUGUCAGAGCAUCAACCUGUUUGUGGAGAGUUUCCUUAAGAUGGUCCGUAAGCUGCUGGAGGCCGACAAACCCAACCUACAGAUCCUGGGAACCAACUCUUUUGUGAAGUUUGCCAACAUUGAGGAGGACACUGCAUCUUAUCAUCGCAGCUAUGACUUCUUUGUUUCGCGCUUCAGUGAGAUGUGUCACUCCAGCUACGAGGACCCAGACAUCCGCACCAAGAUCCGUAUGGCUGGGAUAAAUGGUCUGCAGGGGGUUGUGAGGAAGACGGUGAAUGAUGACCUACAGUCUAACAUCUGGGACCCCCAGCACAUGGACAAGAUCGUUCCCUCACUGCUCUUCAACCUGCAGAGUGGAGAGGGCACUGAGAGUAGAUCCCCGCUCCCCUCUCCCCUGCAGGCGUCAGAGAAAGAGAAGGAGAGUCCGGGACUGACGGAGCGCUGUUUCAGAGAGCUGCUGGGACGGGCCGCCUACGGCAACAUCAAGAACGCUGUCACACCAGUACUCAUGCACUUAGAUAACCACUCUCUGUGGGAGGGGAAGACCUUUGCAGUCCGCUGCUUUAAGAUCAUCAUGUACUCUAUCCAGUCGCAGCACUCUCACCUGGUCAUCCAGCAGCUGCUAGGUCACCUGGAUGCCAACAGUAAAAAUUCAGCCACAGUGCGUGCUGGGAUAGUGGAGGUCCUCCUGGAGGCUGCAGCCAUUGCUUCCAGUGGCUCUGUAGGCCCCACUGUGUUGGAGGUGUUUAACACUCUGCUAAGGCAGCUGCGUCUCAGUGUGGACUACGAGCUGACUGGCUCCUACGACGCCAGCGGAAACAUUGGCAUCAAGAUCAUCAAAACACAUGAGGAGAGACAGCUACAGGAAGCCGUCAUCAGGACUAUUGGGUCGUUUGCGAACACCCUCCCUACAUACCAGCGCUCCGAGGUCAUGCUCUUCAUCAUGGGCAAGAUUCCUGUACCAGGGGUACACCCCGCACUCACCAACGCAGGCUCAGGGGGUUGUGAAGGGACCAGGAUGAUCCAGAUCAUGCUGCUGAAGUCACUGGUUCAGGUGACGACAGGGUUCCAGACCACCAACAUGCUGACGGCGCUGCCCAACUCGUUCCUGGAGCCGCUGCUGUCCUUCUCUCUGAUGGAGGACCCGGAGGUCAGACUGCUGGUGCUCACCAUCCUCCUCAGUGUUAUAGACAGACACGACAACACACCCAAGUUCUCCAGCAUCAGCAUUAUAUCAGAUAUCUCUGUUCUCAAACUGAAAGUGGAUAAGUGCUCUCGACAGGACAACCUUUUCAUGAAAAAGCAUGCACAGCAGUUGUACCGCCACAUCUACUUGGCGUGUAAGGAGCAGAGCAGUGGUCCGCAGCACUUUGAGACGCUCUACACCUUGCUGGCCCUCAUCAGCAUGGAACUGGCCAACGAANNNNAGGUUAUCAGUGUGAUCUCUCUCUCUCUCCUGUAGGAGUUGGCUCAAACCAACGAGGAGUCUCUGUCAGUCUAUAACCGCUGUGCUGUCCAUGCCCUCUCUGCUGCCUACCUCAACCUCAUCUGUCACACCACCGUCCCCACCUUCUGUCAGCACAUACACGAGGUGAUUGAGAUGAGACAGAAGGAGGUGCCCUUCCUUCUCCCUGAGGAUGUCUUCAUAGAAAACCCAAGUAGGCUCCCUGCCUCUCUGGAGAAGUUGGAGGGGGAUGUUCUGUUCCAGCAGUCUAAGAUCACAGAAGUCCUGGGGGGCAGCGGCUACAACACAGACAGGCUGGCCACACCCUACAUCCCUCAGUUCACAGACGAGGACCGUCUGUCCAAGAGGAAGAGCAUUGGAGAGACUAUCUCACUACAGGUGGAGGUGGAGUCUAGGAACAGCCCAGAGAAAGAGGAGAGGACUCCAGCAGAGGAGAUCACAUUUGAAACUCUGAAAAACGCCAUCGUGGACAGUGUGGGGAUGGAGGAGCAGGAGAGAGAGCGCAGGAGGCAGGUGGUGGAGAAGUUCCAGAAGGCCCCCUUCGAGGAGAUAGCUGCCCACUGCGGUGCCAGGGCCACAUUGCUGCAGAGCAAACUCAAUCAGAUCUUUGAGAUCACAAUCCGACCCCCUCCCAGCCCGUCUGGCACCAUCUCAUCAGGCUACGGCCAGACCCAGAGCCGCUCGGUUCCCGUCUACGAGAUGAAGUUCCCUGACCUCUGUGUCUACUAGCCCUAAAGGUCAGGGGUCACCCUAGGAGGAGAGGGGAACGGGGGGUGGAGCUACAGCAGCCCUCGGUGUUAAAACAACUACAGACACUGUGACCUGUUCCCCCUGCUCCCCAUUCUCAUUCUGUCAAGAGCUACUGACAUGACUGACAAUGUGUUUUUUUGCACUGUGAUCGCAGACAAAUCAAAUAGACAAACAAAAAGGCAGCAGUGUGAGCUAUUGACCCUUCACCCUUUGCUCGACCCCCUCCCCCCAUCCUAAAAAUUCCCAUAUGACUGCCACCGGCUUGGAUUAGACUGUAGCCAGAAAGACCGUGGAGAAGAACAAUGGAUGGACUGAGGAUGGAUAGAACAGGGAAGAGAGAACAUAGUGAUCCCCAGUUUUAACCUUCUCCUUUUCCCCCUGAUUAACUUGCYGCAUGCCCACCACUCUAAACACCACCCUUAAGCCCAUUACUAGUGUCUAGUCGUUGUCCUAGUUUAUCCCUCACUGGAUGCAUUACUACCCAAAGUGCACCAACAACAAAAUGGCUAAUUGCCAAAUGUAACAUAAUCAAAUGUUCUCAUUAGUUUUAUUGUAUUGUAAUUAUUUUGUUUUUCAGUACUGGAAAGGGACAAUGUUAAGUACCUGGCAAUGGAAGCUGUAAUGAAAAAUGUAGGUAAUCUAGUGUUUUAGUUUUCAGUGGGAUGACUACUUCUGAAACACUAUCCCCACUCCCUGCUCUCAGACCAUUCAGUUCUAAAUCAACGGUGCAUUGUGUUUGCUUGGUGCUUUUCAUGUCUUUUUAGGUUUUUAUUUUAAGUCUCUGGGGUGAGAACUCCAGAGUAUUUUUUUGUAUCGCUGCGUGUUAGCCGGGAGUGCUUUUGAUGCUGACUCAAAUUAUCUUCAUUUUCAAUUUUUUACCCCCUUUUUAAAUGUUGUAUAUUUUAAUCCAUGAUUUGACUGCAAAGGUUAAAGUGUGUGACGUGUGUGCUGUCCUCCGAAAUGUGAGAGUGCCCUACAGGUGACAGCAGAACUAGAUUCAACCAGUCCAACCGUUCAUAAAACCAGUCAUAGCUUUCCCACUUUGUAAGGAUCUGAAGAGUGUACAGUUAUGUUUACAUGCUCAAACACUAGCAUAUGGGUCGUUCCAUCAAUACGGUGCCUUUUGAGAUGUGGAACUUGGUUAAAAAACACUUCUGAUUUCACCUAAUUUUAACAUUGUUGUAAAGAGCAAGAGAUAAAAAUAAUAAUAAUACUAUAUAUAGUAAGUGCCU